UUCCAGCAGUUCAACGUGAUGUCUGCGAAGCCGCCAUACAAAGUUGUUCAAGCAGUUCAACGUGAUGUCUACGAAGCCUCCAUACAAACGGAUAUAAAUCUGGCUGAUUUCGGUCGCAAAGAGAUAAUAAUGGCCGAAAAUGAGAUGCCCGGUUUGAUGGCAAUGCGAGCCAAGUAUGGGCCACAGAAGCCGCUAAAAGGAGCUCGAAUUUCGGGCUGUCUACAUAUGACUGUUCAGACGGCUGUUCUGAUUGAAACUUUAUUGGAAUUAGGUGCCGAGGUACAAUGGUCUUCAUGCAAUAUCUUUUCAACGCAGGAUCAUGCUGCUGCAGCAAUAGCACUACGAGGAGUUCCUACGUUGGUAUUCAAAGAUGGUCAGCCGCUGAACAUGAUUCUGGAUGAUGGUGGCGAUCUUACCAAUUUUGUGCACCAAAAAUUCCCGCAAUAUUUGAGCGGAAUUUAUGGAUUAAGCGAGGAAACGACAACUGGCGUCCAUAAUCUAACCAGAAUGUUCAAAGCUGGAAAAUUAAAGGUACCAGCAAUUAAUGUGAAUGAUAGUGUUACGAAGUCGAAAUUCGAUAAUUUGUACGGUAUUCGCGAAUCACUGCCGGAUGGAAUCAAACGCGCCACCGACGUGAUGAUUGCGGGGAAAGUAGCUGUUGUGGCCGGCUACGGUGAUGUUGGCAAAGGAGCGGCCGCGUCACUUCGAGCAUUUGGUGCACGUGUGAUUAUCACCGAAAUUGACCCAAUCAAUGCUCUACAAGCUGCUAUGGAAGAUGUGGUGCGUGGUGAGCAUAUGAUUCAAUUGCCCGAAGAUGCAAUUGUUUGUAAUGUUGGACACUUUGAUGUGGAAAUUGAUGUGAAAUGGCUAAAUACGAAUGCAAAAAGUCGAGUUACCAUAAAACCACAGGUCGAUAGAUAUUUGUUGAAAAAUGGGCGACAUGUUAUUUUGUUAGCCGAAGGGCGUCUGUGUAAUUUGGGCUGUGCGACCGGGCAUCCGUCGUUUGUAAUGAGCAAUUCAUUCACUAAUCAAGUGUUGGCUCAGAUUGAACUGUUCACGAAACACGGCACUGCGCAGCAGUACAGCGUUGGUGUUCAUGUUUUACCGAAAAUCCUGGACGAGGAAGUUGCGCGACUUCAUCUCGAUAAGCUUGGUGUUAAGCUGACUACACUGUCUGAGGAGCAAGCCGAAUACCUGGGAAUACCGGUCAGUGGACCGUACAAACCCGAUCAUUACCGUUAUUGA